GGGGUACCUAUGGUUGAGUGACACGACAAAUAUCUGGGUCUGCCGGCUAUAGCCAGGGGUUCAAGAGGUGAGUUGUUCCGAGCAAUAAAGGAUUGCAUGUGGGGCCGCAUUCAGGGGUGGAACACUAAAUUAUUGUCACAGGCUAGGAAGAGAUGUGUUGAUCAAAGUAGUGCUGCAGUCUAUUCAUACAUACGUCAUGUCAUGCUUUCUGCUACCAGAUUACUUGCUUCACGAAAUUGAGAUGAUAAUAGGGAAUUUUUGGUGGCAUAACCAGGGUUAACACCAAACUCAUUGGGUUGGGGUAGACGAGAUUAUGUCAAUUGAGGGAGAGUGAGGACUUGGUUUUAAGGAAAUGGAGGCAUUUAAUGGGGCAUUGUUGGCAAAGCAAGGAUGGAGAUUAAUUACAUGACUUAUUGCCUUGCUGAGUCAAAUUUUCAAAGCCAAGUAUUUCCUAGAGGGAACUUUUUUAACUGCUCGGGUAGGGGCACGACCUUCGUUUACUUGGUGGAGUAUAUCAGGCGCCCGGGAUUUGCUACUACGAGGAUGUCAAUGGAGAAUACGAUUGGGACACGACGUGCGCAUAUGGUGGGACAGAUGGGUGCCACAGCCUUCCGACUUUCGCAUUACAUCAGUGCUGAGGCUACUAUCACCGAAGGCGUGUCUCGCUGAGCUUAUUAACACUCCUCUGGGCUGCUGGAAGCAUGACUUAAUACGGCAGGUGUUUGAAGCCGAUGAGGUAUAACUGAUUCAAAGUAUUCCCUUAACGUAUAUGGAGAGACUGGAUGCGCUUAUUUGGCAUUACACUAGUAAAGGACAAUUUUCAGUACAGAGUGCCUAUCACCUUGAAUUGAGAAACAACUAGUAGAUGCUGCUCUCAACUUCUAACAGUUCCCACAUCAAUCCAAUGGAAUUAUAUUUGUUAUGAUGUGUGUUACAGAUUACAAAGCAACGCAGAAAUACAGAGCAGAAACAGAGAUGCAGCUUGAAGAUGAUGCUCACUCUGCUGCCAACUAACCACUGACCUGGAGCUAUGUUGGCUACACCCAUUUCUAUGUUCUCUGUUUUUGUAAAACACGUUUUUUUUUAUUAGUUAGUUUUACGCUUCUUCCAGUUGUAAGUUUGUUAGUAGUGUUUGUUUUAAGUUUUGUUAUGCAUCCUCUGUAUAUAUAUAUCCUCUGUACCAAAUUUCUUCUUUGAAUCAAUGAGAACAAACCAUAGAAUUCUCCCAAUUCUGAGAAUGACCAUGGCAUACAGUUCACACUCUGAAAACCUACAUGGUAUCAGAGCCUUCUUUUGAAGGUCUCUGGAUACGAAUCCUUGAUUUUACAACCUUGAAUCAACAUGACAGAGGUGAACAGAGGAAGCAGACAUUCAACCCCGUUGGAGAUGGAGACUGGAGAGACUGGGAGACAUUCUAUUCCAGAGACACUGCAACUACACAGCUCAGACCACCCAGGUAUGAUUCUCGUGAGCACGAUGCUCACAAAGAGCAAUUAUCUGACUUGGAGUUAUGUGGUGAAAAGAGCUCUACGAGCUAAGAUGAAGUUAGGAUUUAUAGAUGGUACAUCAGCAAAACCAUGUGUGACAGAUCCUCAUUUUGAGCAAUGGAUACGGGUAGAUAGUAUGGUAAUGACUUGGAUACUUAAUUGCAUUUCAAAAGAAAUCGUAGGAAGUUUUAUGUAUGCAAAAUCAGCUCGUACUCUGUGGUUGGAUUUAGAGGAGCGAUAUGGGGAGUGCAAUGGACUUCUCUUGUACCAAUUGCAGCGAGAGAUUGCAUCCUUGAUGCAGGGAAACAAAUCAGUGGUGGAAUACUUCUCGCGGCUGCGUAUGAUAUGGGAUGAAUUAGACGUGCUGAUGCCGGUAUCGCAGUGCACGUGUGGCUGCACUUGUGGAGCUUUCAAGGCAGCCGCUGAUCAAGCAGUUUUUACACGACUAAUACAAUUUCUUAUGGGGUUAAGUGAGACAUUCGAUCACUUGCGCGAUCAAUUACUCGUCAUGGAUCCAAUCCCCACGGUGAACAAGGCGUACUCUAUGAUUUUAAGGGUGGAGAAACAGAGAGAAGUUAGCAUGGAAGGGACAGAACACGUUGACAACUUGGCUAUGCAAGUGAGGGGAGGGGGCAGGAAGGAAUUCACACCGAGGCAACAGAGAAAUUAUACAGACAAAAGAGGCUUACACUGCAGCAACUGUGAUCGUCCGGGACACACGAGGGACACGUGCUUUAAGCUCCAUGGAACCCCCGAAUGGUACAAGGAAUUAAUGGAGAAAAGAAAGCGAGAAACAGGUGCUGUGAAGGCUUAUGUUGCACAGUCAGAUGAUAAAGGCUGCAGUCGAUCUAAAGAACAUAACCAGGAGAAUUUGUUGCAAGAACUGAUACGGCUUAUGAAAAAGGAAGGGAUUCAUGCACGAACACCUGGUGAUCCACUGCAAAUCAGCCACACACAACUUGAUAAUUUUGCUGGACCGGACGACUAACAAAGUGAUAGCCAUAGGGAAGCGCUGCAACAAUCUAUAUGUACUGGAUAAAUCAUCUUUUGAUCCUUCUGUCACAACAUCCUUAAAUUCUGUCAUUGAUACUUCUUGUAAUGUCGCAGCUACUUGCAAUACUACACUAUGGCAUAGGCGGCUCGGACACCCCUCUUUGGUUGCUUUAAUGCAUUUACCUAGUGUUGUUAGUGUUAGUAAUACAAUUGAUCCAUGUGGCGUAUGUCCUCUCGCAAAACAGAGUCGCUUACCAUUUCCUUCUUCAGAAAUAAAAACCACACAAACCUUUGAGUUACUA